GACUCAUCAUUAAACCCAAACAACCUGUUGUUGUUUGUUACUCACGUGUCCAGUUGUCUUCUCAGAAACGCCGUCGUAUCUUUUCUUUCAACGACCGAUACCAAAAAGCUCUCCGACGGCAAAACGAAAUCGAAAAGCGGAGAAAUCAAAUAAAAAAUGUCUCGUCUCCCGAUUCUCAUCGCUGCUUGUCUCUUCCUCUACCAUCUACCUUCUCCACUCGCCGCUGAAACAGAUUCGCCGACGACGGCGUAUUCUCUCCUCCAGAGCUACAACUUCCCUGUCGGAAUCCUUCCAAAAGGAGUCGUCGCUUAUGAUUUAGACACAUCGACAGGCAAAUUCCACGCGUAUUUCAAAGACUCCUGCAGCUUCUCGCUCGUGGGUUCUUACCAGCUGAACUACAAAUCGACGAUCAGCGGUUACAUCUCCGAGAACAAGCUCACGAAGUUGACUGGUAUCAAGGUGAAAGUUCUGUUCUUGUGGCUCAACAUCGUCGAGGUCAUCAGGAGCGGAGACGAGAUGGAGUUUUCCGUUGGGAUCACGUCGGCGAAUUUCGGGAUCAAUGAGUUCUUGGCGUCGCCUCAGUGUGGCUGUGGCUUCGAGUGCAAGGAACUGAAGACGGAGACGUAUGACACAAGUUUACCAUCUGUUUCUUCUUCUUGAAAUGAUGAAAGGUAAUUUUGAUGAGUGCCCUUUUGAAAAAAUUGUGUCUUUAUAUAUAUUUUUCAUUCUCUUGUCCAAUAAGAUCAUAGUUUCUGAAUGUAUAUCUCUUAUUGCCAUUGGUCGAGGAAUCAAAACUUAUAUAUAUGCUCCU